AUGGCUCCGUAUGAAGCGCUUUAUGGUCAGAAAUGUAGGUCUCCGAUUUGUUGGGAUGAAGUAGGCGAAUGGAAAAUCUUAGACCCGACUACAGUAUCCUGGAUUGAGGAAGCUAAUGAGAAAGUAAAGUUGGUACGCCAGAGGAUUCAAGCUGAACAGAGUCGUCAAAAGAGUUAUGCAGAUAAUCGGAGAAAGGAUCUAGAGUUUGCAAUUGGAGAUCUCGUAUUUCUUAAGAUUACGCCUCUGGAAGCAAGUUUAAUGUCUGGGAAGGGAAAGAAACUACAACCGAGGUUUGUAGGGCCUUACAAGGUUAUUCAAUGCGUGGGAAAGGUAUCAUAUAAGUUGGAAUUGCCACCGAGUCUAUCUCGGAUUCAUAAUGUAUUCCACGUGUCCAUGCUUAAGAAAUACCAUCCAAACCCUUCUCACAUUCUGCAACCAAAAAGCAUUGAAAUUGAUGAGACAUUGACCUAUGAGGAGAAACCGGUUAAGCUUCUGGAUAAGAAGGUAAAGGAAUUGAGAAAUAAGCAGAUACCCUUGGUAAAAGUUCUUUGGAGAAAUCAUGGAGUGGAGGAAGCAACCUGGGAAGUUGAAGAAGCAAUUCGAGGAACGUAUCCAGACCUGUUCGUGAAUCAAGGGCAAGAAAUGUGCGGAAAAGCUGCUAGAAUUGCUUCGUUGCGGUUCCGUACCCGCACCAGUGAAGCCAAGCUGCGGAUUUGGGGACCAGAUUCAAGGGCUUUAUUGACACUUUUUGCUGAAACUUCCUGA